AUGGAUCACGUAAAUGUUCGCAAUCGGACUAAACAGUUGAUAUUGUUGUCAAAACUUCAGAAGUGUGAUGAAAAUGAUGAAUCCAGCGAAGAUGAACCAAGCAUUUAUGGCUCAUCGGACUCAGUUGUAGAUCCAAACUAUUCCCCUAGUGAAGAUUCUGUGUCGAGCGAGUUGGACAACGUUCCCACAACCAGCAACACUGAUAAGAAGAAAACACUUCCUAACGCUCAGAGUCCACCGGAAGUUUCAAAUAUUGGUUCAAAUCUCGUAGAACAAUCAAGUAGUUCAGAUUCGGAAGAAAAUCAGAGUAAUGUGGUGCAAGUGGCAGGAUGGACUAUACCACAAGGCCAUCACUUGGUUUUUCCAAAGAAUUUUGUUCAAGACCAAGGAAUUUGUCCAGAAAUAGCAGCUGCCUUGCAAGGAGGUACUCCGUACGAUUUCUUUUCGCUUUUUCUGGAUAACGAAAUUUUAGACCUGAUGGUAGAACAGACUAACCUUUAUGCAACGCAAGUAAUCUGCUCAGCUAACGAUGUUCCACACUCAUCAAGACUUCAUAAAUGGUCUCCUACUGACAGACAAGAAAUGCAAAGAUUUUUAGGCCUAGUCGGAUAUAUGGGUCUUGUACGAAUGCCAACAGUUCGCCACUAUUGGAGCAGAAAACCCCUGUUUCGCAAUGAAUUUAUAUCAAGUGUUAUGAGCAGAAAUCGUUUCGAAUUGCUUCUACAACUAUGGCAUUUUUCUGAUAACCAAAUAUGCCCUGAAGGUGAUCGUCUCUACAAAGUACAGCCCCUUAUUGAUAAACUUGUCAAAAAAUUUCAAACCUCAUAUACUCCUGGUAGUACAGUCUGUGUAGAUGAGUCACUAGUCCCCUUUCGAGGUCGCCUUGUUUUCAAACAAUACAUCCCUCUUAAAACGCAUAAAUAUGGCAUCAAAGUAUUCAAGCUCUGUUCUUCAGAAGGCUAUACUUAUAACAUGAAGGUAUAUUGUGGGAAAGAAAAGGAUGCUGGUGCUAGCGUUCCAACGAAUAUUGUUUUAUCUCUUGCUGAAAAUCUGCUAGAUAGUGGAAGAACUAUCGUUACUGAUAACUAUUACACUAGCUUAGAUCUAGCUAAUAAAUUACUCGAUAGACAGACACAUCUUAUUGGUACCUUGCGAUCCAACAGACGCGGUAACCCGAAGGAAGUUACGCAGAAAAAACUUCAGCGUGGCGAAAUUGUUGCAAGGGAAAAUGAGCGUGGCAUAUGCGUAAUGAAAUGGCGGGAUAAAAGAGACGUAUUACUACUGUCUACUAAACAUACAGAUGUCAUGCAAGAUAUUCAAAUCCGAAAUGAAACAAAAUCUAAGCCUUUGGCUAUUAUUGAUUAUAAUAAAGGAAAAAGUUCCAUAGAUCUUUCCGAUCAAAUGGCAUCUUACAAUUCCGCAUUACGUAAGACCAUCAAGUGGUACAGAAAGCUAGCUAUAGAGGUUCUUGAACAUGGUGCGAACGUACAAGAAGAAAACUGCAAGAGCUUAUCGUUAGAUAAAUCUGUUGAUUUACUAUCUACUACCCCAAAAGCCAUGCCCAGAAAAUCAAAAGUAGGUCGGAAGAAAAGACUUUCCGCAAUUUUGACAGACACUCCGAUUAAAUCUGCUUUAGAGGAGGAAGAAAGGACAAGACAAAGAGAAAAAAUGUGGGAGCAACUAAAAGAAACAAAUCAGAAGUCCUUGUUGGAGUCUAAUGAAAGGAACUUGGGACUUCCUUCCACUUCUAGCUCACAAGCAGGCAACGUUGUUCCCACGUAUCCUUCCCAACCGGGAGCUAGUAAAUACAGUGAUGUGCUGAAAAAACCAGUCAAGAAUGAUUCUUCCGUCCUAAUUAUCAAAUCUUCUUCUGAAGUUGCUAAUUCAAAUCGUAUUAUGGAUGAAGUGACGUCACCGAUUAAUCCUGGUUACUUUGAGAUUAUUUUCGCCUGCAGAUCAAAACGUGAUACCAUGGCGCCAAUCUUGAGAAAAAAAUCAAGCGAAUUGUGGCAAUUUUUUCAGCCGAUUGACGAAAGCUUUGCAAUAUGUAACAUGUGCAAGUGCAAAUUUUCGUACAAAACUAGUACCAGCAAUUUGAAAAAACACAUAAACAAAAGACAUCCCACCAUUACCCUGAAAUCAACAAUCACCGCUAGUGAGAGUGAUACACAUAUAUAUCGCAGUAAGACAGAUAAUGGAGAAUCUAUGGAGAGUGCUGUUGACAAUCACCCAUCUACCUCCAAGCAAAUGAUAGCAUGCCAAGCAAAUGCUCCAAUUAGAAUCACUCAAACGAAAGUUGAUAGUUUUUCAAACAUAUUGCAAACAAAAAUUAGUGCCAGACAGAAAAAUAAAAUUGACAGGAAGUUACUUUAUCUUUGCGUGAAAGAUCUUCAGCCAUUCUCUAUAGUUGCUGAUACUGGCUUCAGGGAAUUCGUUGCAGCCCUCAAUCCAUCAUAUCAAUUGCCAGAAAGGCGCAUCAUUUCAAAAACAUUAAUUCCGGCACUUAAUGAAGAAUGCUUGACCAACACAAAAAACCUGAUCUCAACUGGAAAAACAUUUUGUGUCACAACUGAUGGUUGGACUUCCACAAAUAACACCAACACUAGCUAUGUUGCUGUAACUGCACAUUUUUUAAACAAGGAGUUUAAUUUGAUAUCGGUUCUCCUUGAGUGUUCUGCAUUUGAAAAAGGUCAUACAGCUGAGAAUCUAGCUGCAUUUCUCCUAAAAGCAGCCACUAAGUGGGAUAUACAAGACAAGAUAGUUUUUGCUGUAUCGGAUAAUGCAGCAAACAUACAAAAAGCUUUACAGCUAGUGAAAUGGAAAAAUAUGCGUUGCACACACGCUCAACCUUAUGGUCAAGGAUGGAUUAAAAAACGAAAGGAUCACAUUGAUUUUAGAAAAAGUUCGAGAAAUAGUACGCUACUUCAAGAAAAGUACAAUUUCGAACAACAAACUCCUGAGGUAUCAAGAAAACACGGGAAUCGAAACUCCUCUUAA